GAUAACAAGUGCACAUUGCCAGAGGUUCAGUUCCUCUCCAGGUGCUCUGCUGACUAAUGAUUUGACUUCAGCCAGGGAAAGGACUGAAUGAGUCACACAUCCUGACUCACAUCACAUCCCAUCCAAACAUGACUCGGCUCAGUUGGACUGCUUUGGUUUUGUUAAUGAGCAUUUUGCAGGGUCCAGGGUCAUCCAAUUCUGGACAUGACUGUUCAACAAAUGGAAAUUCCAAUAAAAAUAAUUUCAUGGAUAUCAGAAACUGUUUCAAGCAGAAAAAAAGUUUUGUUGUUGUCGAUAGUUUCUAUGUCAAUAUCAAUGCAACAAACUACUGGGGACAGACAAAAGACAAUUGCAUAGUAUUUGUAGAGACAAACGGAACUGCACCGGAAAUAUAUAAAAGCAGCAUUCCGGACAUUCCGAAAAUUAAAAACAAUGGCAGCAUUUUGAAACUUCACAUUUCAAAAUGGCAUAUAGAUCAACGUGUGCAUAUGUACGUUCUGUAUGGGACAUUCUGCAACGGCACACAAUUGAACUUUACAGAUCCAGCAAACUGUGUCUUCAAUACCAUAGACACAGAGUUAUGUCACAUCAGAUGUAUCGAUACAAACACGGUGUGUAAAAAAUCUGCCUAUGAUAAAGAAGAAUGCAGUACCAUGGCUCCAAAUCUCAAGAAUGAAUACAUAAUCGACAUAAACUCAACAACCACCAACUGUAUAAACUGUAACAAUCCAGUGAAAAAGCCUGAGGAGAAAAAAGUACUUAAUACAACACUUUCUGAAAAAGGAGGAGAAAUUAUUCCUGCAAAUGCCGCUAAACUAAUGAAUGACAUGGGCAACUUGGCCGCCAACAUAAAUGGAUCUUCAGCUGAAAUAUCUGUAGGAGAAGGAGUCAAAGGAGUUUUGGUGAAAGAAACACAUAAAGACGAAGUAGAAGAAGUAUUAUUUGCUUAUCAGUCUCCAAAUGACAGCAUAAAUAUUAUAGACAACACAGAAACUUUGAAAAAUUUUUCAAGAGCCGUUACACUGCCAAAAGAAGCUUUUGAUAAAGCUAUUGCUCAAAACGUCAGUAUCCCAUUUGCAGCUCUUUUCCGAUUUAUUAAUAUGGCUAAGGAUGAGAAGAACAGUACUGUUUUAGGGAAUGAAGUUUUAGCCAUUGAAAUGGGAGCUGCUAUCGCCAACCUCACAGACAAAAUAAACAUUGUUUUUACGAAUAUGACAUAUAGAGGGAUACCAUCUUGUCAUUCAUGGAAUGGUCAAGGAAGUCAACCAAACUGGACGAGUGAUGGCUGUGUGACAAAUAUAACUAAACAUGGCAUUACGUGUCAGUGUUCACAUUUGACAUUCUUUGCUAUCUUGAUGACUCCUCUUAAUGAAACCAUUUCAGAUUCUGAUUUUAAAAACCUCACAAUCAUCACCCAAGUUGGCUGUGGACUCUCCAUGUUCUUCCUCGCCAUAGUCCUCUUCAUGCACUUCCUUUCAAGGCGGAUCAAGGCCACUAAUGCCACAAAGAUCCUCAUCAACCUUGUGUGUGCCUUGUUCCUGCUUAACCUCACUUUCCUGGUCAAUAACUAUGUGGCGAACCUGAACAACAGUGUGGGCUGUAAGAUCAUGGCGGCUCUAAUGCACUAUUUUAUGCUGGCCACUUUCACCUGGUUUGCUGCGCAGGCCUUCCACCUGUGUCUGAGCCUGUAUACAGGAGGGAAAAUCGCAAUCCAUCGCUACAUACUGAAAAUCGCCAUUACCAGCUGGAUACUGCCUUCAGUUAUUGGGAUUGUCCUGCUCUGCAUUGGGAAAUAUGGUGAACAAGUCAUCAGCUACCAAAACACUGGAAACGCUGCAGAUAGAGUGAUGAUGUGUUGGAUAACAGACAACAGUGUCCACUUAAUCAUCAACAUAGGCUACUAUGCUUUGGUCUUCCUCUUCACUUUUACCACCUUCAUCAUCAUGAUGUCCUGGUUCUGUUGUCUCAGGAAUGUCAAAGGAGCCAAAGCAAAAGGGGAGCAAAGUAGCAUAAACAUCUUAAGCGUCAUGGGCCUGUGUUUCAUGCUGGGCAUUACAUGGGGCUUUGCUUUCUUUGCCUAUGGUGUCUUCCAGGUCCCCGCGCUCUACCUUUUCACCAUCCUCAAUUCUUUCCAAGGUUUUUUCCUGUUUGUCUACUACUACAAAACCUCCCGCAUGUUACCUCCAGCCUCUGAUGGGAAGUCAAGCAGCGUCAGUAACAUCACUGAUAAAACCAGUCUAAGCAGCUUUACAAACCCCUACUCGAACUGGCUGAGCUGAAGAAACAGACACACUGAGACUGAAGACCCGUACCGUUAAGUGUAAACUGCUGUAAAACACUCUAAUAGUUAACAACACAGAGUCCCAGUUAGGUUUGUUGAUAUUGUAAAUACAUGUUAGAAAAUGGCUUUACUGUUAAAGGUCUUAAUUUGUCUUGGAAGCAAUGAACUUUGAUAGUUUGAGAAAAAUCAACAGAAUAUAAUAAACCUUUGUCCUUCUUUUAGCCAUUUUAAACUGUUAAUAGUUAUAUAGCUCUAAUCAAGUACUAAAGACUAUAAUAGCCAUGACUACUAACUGGCCAUAUCUCCUGGCAAAGGAUGUACCUCAGGUUGCACUUGGUAGCAGGUGAGAGCCUUGAACUGCUGCUCUGCUGCUUCUGAUGUGUGAACGGGUGAAUAAGAGACACAUUGUGAGGCACUUUGUACAACCAAAAGUGAAAAAAAAGCCUCUAUACAAGUGCCAGUCCCUCUUAAAAAACAAAACAAAAACACAAAUUGGGUGACCUUAAAUUUUGUACACUGACAUAAGAAGGAAUGUGGAAUGUAUGGAAAUGGUUCUUUAUUCAGUUUCACUCACACUGCCAUCGAAAUACAUAUCUGCAAAUAUAUAUACACAACGUUUACUCUUUAAAUGGACACAAUUUAAAUUAAGAAAUCAAUGAAAACGUUCAGAGUAGAAGAGCUUCCGCUUCUUUGAGAGCUCUUUCCAGUUCAGCUGCUUCAGUGGAAAAGUUCUCCCUUUCUUGAACCAUUUGUUCUCGUGCUUCCUUGAGGCCUCUCAUCGUUUCCUGGAUUUCCUAAAGGUUGUAAAAAUAUGUAAAAAUAAUAAAUAAAACGUAACUUUUAGUGACCUGUUACUUUCACUGAGCAGAGUUUUACUCACCUCUAGUCGAGCACGUUGUUGUGAUGCAAUAUCACCAAAGGUCUUUAUUUCAUUCAGCAGGUCUGCAGAGAUGCUCUGAAAUACAAGGAGUAAAUAUUUUAACCUGGUGUUUCUGUAAAUGAUUAUAUAAAUCCUGUGGUUGUCUACAAUACAUGUAUAUUGGGUGCAUUUAUAAUAUUUGUUCUUUAUUUGCACAUUUAUUUUUGCAUGAAACAAACUAAUAAGUGCAUGCUUCUGGUUUUCCUUUAUAUUCCAGCUUGCGGUUAUUUGCGUGAAUAUGAUUUAAAGUUUGCUUAAAUGUUUAACGAAUAAAACCCAAGUGUAAACAUAUCAUAAUGUAAAGUGAAAUCAAAUAAACAUACCAUAACCUCU